CGAUUAAUCGGAUUAACGGGAGAUGCAUGUUGUCGUCUGCGUCAAUGUUUUGAUGGAAAUGUCAUUUUUUUAGGUUGUUUUGUAUAAAUUAGAAAUUCAUCGUAGGAAAGCAUCGAGCUGAUUGAUUCAAAUCAGUAUAUAGUGGAAUUCUUUGUUAUGAAGUAAGAAGAUUAUAAAAAUUAAAUUGCACCUCAAAAAGGCAGUGCACAUCAUAAUGCUUCCUGGAAUAGGAAUAUUCAUUAGUGCUGGUACUAUCAUGAAGGUUUUAGUGCCUUAUUUGCGAGCAAAAGGCUUUAAAGUGGAUUCUGUAUGGGCUCAGACACAAGAGGCAGCCAGAGAGGCAGCUGAAGAACUUGAAAUUCCAUUUUUUACAAGCAAAGUGGAUGAUGUCCUACUGAAGCGUGAAGUUGAUUUGAUUAUCAUCAUGUGUCCACCAAUUCUACAUGCUCAGAUUGCAGUAAAAGCCCUAGGAAUUGGCAAGCAUGUGCUGUGUGACAAACCUGGGGGUUUAAGUCAAAGUGAAACACUCAAAAUGGUUCAUGCUGCUCAGUAUUAUCCAUCACUUAUCUCUGUAAUGGCAUACAGCCUCAGAUUUUUGCCCUCUUUUCAGUAUGUGAGAAAUGUUAUCAAUGAUCAGCUUAUUGGAGAAGUAAAUUACUGUGAUAUCCAUGUACAACUUGGAUCCCUCAUCAAUCCAAAAAACUAUGAUUGGACUUGUGAAGAAGGAAUGGGAGGAGGUGUACUGACCAUGAUCGGAUCCCAUGUUAUUGAUGUCGUUAGCGCGGUGAUCCGGCAACGAGCUACUCGUGUUCAUGGCGUUACUCGAAGAGGACUGGCUGUUAAGGGAGAAACGAGCAUUCGUCGGAUCACGAGUGAUCGUUUUACUUCUUUUAAUAUGGAAAUGAACGGCGGAGCUUUAGUUGCUGUUACACUUAACAGCCAAGAAGGUUUGAACAACUUUGACAUUAGCUUCUCUGUAACUGGUUCACAGGGAUUUAUCACUUACCGCAGCGAUCCUUCUGGUGGAACAGUAACUGGUCAGAGCAAGGCGAAUCCCAGUGCCGAAAUUUUCCAUACCGACACAGACGAGCUAUCAUUUCUUCCAUCUUCGAUUGUAAACAAUGCUCCGAUUCAACCGCAUCAAAGGCCGUACAUUAAUGGGCUUUUUCGUAUGGUGUCGGCUCUUAGGGAUGCGUUUUCCCGCGUUGAGGAUCGUAGUGGAUGGAUUAAAGACGCUGUUUCUUCCGCUGCUACUUUUGAAGACGGACAGUAUGUUAUGGCAGUUAUCGACGCCGUUAAAAGAUCCAGCAAGAUGCGAGAGUGGUCGGAAGUGUCUAUCAUCCACGAAGAACCAGAUCCUAAUCCGGUGUUAAGUGCCGCUGUUCGCAGAUCCACUAUUUCCGCUGUAUGAACACAACCAAUGCAAUAAUUUUCUGUUAAACGUAUUUCAAGAACAAAUUUUUUUUUUCUCUUCUUCUCACAUCAUUCAAAAUUUCUUCAAAUAACCUUGUUAAGAAAAAUGUUUCAUACGACUCUUUAGUUUAUGUACCAUUUUGACAGUUUUUUCUUUCGUCGUGUCGUCUCGUUCCCUCCUUAUGUUUACACACGACUUUAAAAUGGAACAAAAUACAAUUAUUUAUUGUA